AUGGCGAAUGCCCACCGGACAAACGUGCUGGUUACUUCGUGUUUAAAAACGCCGGUCGACCCGCACACCAAAGCCCCGUUAGCGUCGUACGAGAGGGAGCGAGUACUACCAUAUAUGGACAACCGGGACUACGAGAAGGAGGCCGCUGACAGUUUCAGGCUAACAUGGUCCAACAGCAGCCCAGCUGCUUUACGCCGUUUGAGGAAGUCACACUCUGCGGUUGAACUCAGGAGAGCCUCGGGACAGUCCGACUCCUCAGACGAAGAUGAAGCUACCAGUAACGACGUGGAGAAAGGCCUGCUUUUUUCUCCGAAAGAACACAUCAAGAACAUGUGGCAGGACUUUAAGCUGUCGCCUCAAAAUCGCCUGGUGUCGGCCUCGUCGCUGCACAGCCUGCCGGGAGACCAGAGGAGACGAAAGGGGAAAGGAAAGAAGAGGCAGGGGCAUAAAGAUGGGGAGCAGGAGCACUGGAAACACAGAAUGACCGUCCCAAAACCUUUCCAGAUGAUGCUGCGUGAGGCCGAGAGACGAAAGCGCGGCAUCAAGACGCGUUCAGAGAUCGAACUGGAGAACGCAGAGCUGCGUCGGCAGCUGGAAGAACUGACUGAGUGCCAGAGGAAGUUCCAUGCCAGCCCCGUACCGGCUCACGUUCACCUCCCGCUUUUUGAAGAGCUGCAGGAGCGCAACGAGGAACGACAGCGAAGAAUGAAACAGCGAGAAGAUCAGCAUCUCCGAACCGUCCAGAAGCCCUUCAGCUUCCUGGAGAGAGAGCGACUGAAGAAGGAGCAGAAACAGCUGCGUUCCUCGCAACCGUCCGACCAGGAGAAAGUCAAACCCUUCAAGGCCAAGCCUGUGCCCAAGGCGGUGUACGUAGCAGCAUCGGGGGAGCAGGUGAAGGAGGAGCAGCUGUAUCGGUCUAUCAAGAUACAGAUGAGGGCUCAGGAGCUGCUCCACAGUGCGUCGAUGCCUCCCAGCAUGCUCGCACGCCGACUCAGCGAUCGCAAGAAGACCAAAGACGCUGCAGCCGGAGGGGACCACUUCUCCCACAGGCCGCAAAUUAACAAAGAGGUACCCGACUUCGACGCCAGUUACAGACGCUUCCAGAAGCACCUGGAGAAACAAAAAGAGGCGAAGCCCACGACUGCAUGCGAGCCCUUCGAACUGAGGACGUCACAGAUCUCUUCGCACCGCGAACGCAUCCUGGCCGACAUCGAGAAGGAGCAGAGCAGCCCUCGGAUGCUGCGCUGGCCGCACGUCAGCCCGGGGCUAUCUCGGACAGCAAACUCAAGUCUCUGUUCGUCCCUCUCUGGCAGCCUGGAGCUCCUGCCUGCCAAAGUCACAGACGCCACCAAAAAGCGCCAUGAGGCCGUGAGAAAGGUGCUGGAGCAGAGGAAGAAGGCCGAGGAGGAGGAGGAGCAGUGGAGGGAAAGGCAGAAGCAGAGGGAGAAGAAGCUGCAGAGGGUGGUGGUGAAACGAGCCCAGGCCAACGACCCCCACCUGGCUCUCUCACAGACGCACCAGACCAAACUCAAAGAAUUCAGGAAACAGGAGCUUGAGCGCAGGAAGGAGUACAAGCAGGAGAUCAAGGAGAUGCAGCAGAGGGUGAAGGGGAGGCCGCUGCUGCUGGAGCAGGUUGCACAGAGGAAUGCCAAGCACGCAGCGGAGAAGCGCUACACAGACGCCCUGCAUGGAUGUGAUCUGACCCAAGAGUUUAUCAGCAGCAAGGCGGCAAAAUCGGGAUCUGCACGCAAAGACUCUCAGUCCAGUGACAGCAAACAGAGUGACCAAGAGGACCUAGACACGGGAUGCGAACCCGUCAGCUACAGAAAGGUCUUCCUGGACGACGAAGACUCUGAAGUAGAUCCAGACCGAAGGGAAGAAGGGAGCGACGAGGCUUCAUCGAACCACCGCGACGGAGACGACGCCAGCAGUCGCCACUCAGAUCGGGAUUAUCGCGGAGAGGAUCCCCACUAUUCAGACGACAGUUACCACUACUCAGACGACCAUGAGAACUACUCAGACGACAGCGAGCACGAUGCCGACACUAAACAGCAGGAAACAGGGGAGUGACGGCAUCAUGAUGGAGCGGUCUGACGCCAUCGAUACGUUAGAAAAACUCUGAAAAACUGAACAUAUGGAGUGAGGAGGAACCCUGAAGAGGGAGUUUCUUAUUCUGAGAAUGAUUAUUGUAAAUAUUCUUCACAUGAAAAUGUUAAUCUUUAACAUAAGCUGAUGAGUUUGGAUGUGUCUGAAAUCACUUCCUCGUUCACUCGUUCACUAUUCCUACAUAAUGAAGUCCUUCCUUUACUCUGUAGUGAGCGGCUAGUUGAGACACUUUUUGCAUCAUUACUGACAGAUGUAAUUGUGUGUGUAAUUGGGAAUUUUUGAGGGCAAAUUAAAAAGUCUCACACUUAAAGAAGGGAUUUUGGAUUUCCUUACUAAUUGUAAUAAUAAUAACAAUGUUUACCUGUUUUACCUGUUAGUAUAGAGUCACCCUCCCAGUGUGAACACACCACAU